GGGCAGGAGCGGAGCGGGGCGAGGGCCAUCCCGUCUCGUCCCACCGCGGGAUUGCUGCGGGGCAUCGGCAGGGCUCGUCCAACCCCAGGGUUGCUGCGGGGGCAUCGGCCGGGGCUCGGGGCUUGUCCUGCCCUGGAGCCGGUGGGCAGGGACGGAGCCUGGCGUGGGGGUGGGGAGGGCGAUACCCGCCCAAGGGACCCGGCCCCCGGUGCAGCACCGCGCUCAGCGGCCCCGGCCCUAGUGAUGGAGCGGUACCACGUCCUGGAAAUGAUCGGCGAAGGCUCCUUCGGGCGCGUGUAUAAGGGGCGCCGGAAACACAGCGCCCAGGUGGUGGCCUUGAAGUUCAUCCCCAAGGUGGGGCGGUCUGAGAAGGAGCUGAAGAACCUGCAAAGAGAAAUUGAGAUCAUGAGAGGCCUCCAUCACCCCAACAUCAUCCAGAUGCUUGACAGCUUUGAGACUGAUAAGGAGGUGGUGGUGGUGACUGACUAUGCAGAGGGGGAGCUCUUCCAGAUCCUGGAGGACGAUGGGAGUUUGCCUGAGGACCAGGUCCAGACCAUCGCUGCUCAGCUGGUCUCUGCUCUCUAUUACCUGCACUCCCACCGCAUCCUGCACCGAGACAUGAAACCCCAGAACAUCCUUCUGGGCAAAGAUGGUGUUGUCAAGCUCUGUGACUUUGGGUUUGCCCGUGCCAUGAGCAUCCAUACCAUGGUGCUGACCUCCAUCAAGGGCACCCCACUGUAUAUGUCCCUUGAGCUGGUGGAGGAGCGGCCGUAUGACCACACAGCAGAUCUCUGGUCUGUGGGCUGCAUCCUGUACGAGCUGUUUGUGGGCACUCCUCCCUUCUACACCAACAGCAUCUUCCAGCUUGUCAGCCUCAUCGUCAAGGACCCUGUCAAAUGGCCCACGGCCAUGAGCCCGGUGUUCAAGAGCUUCCUUCAGGGACUACUAAUGAAGGACCCCCACCAGCGUCUGUCAUGGCCAGAGCUGCUCUCUCACCCAUUCAUUGCUGGACGGGUUACUGUGAUCGAUGACACAGAAGAGCGUGGGAUCUCAAACCCCUUUACCACAAAGCUGUCCCCAGAACUGCAGGCCCUGAAGGAACAGCAAGCCCAUUCCCUGGUCCCCAGGAGCAGCCAGUCCAGGAUCCUGAGAAAGGCCCAGCGGAAGAUGGUUGAAGAGGCACAGAAAAAGGGGCAACUGAAGGCAGGUGAUGCAUCUAUGAAGGACUCUGGCAAUGGACACCCCAGGCAUAGACCCAGAGCAGGUCCAGGCAAGGCAGCCCCUGAGGAGGGGGAGCCACUGGCUGCCUCCAAUGAGAAUAACUCUGGUCUCCUGCAAGGAAAGAGCAGUGUGGCAGAGUGGGAAUUGGAGGAGUCUCUUCCUGACCCAUGCCAGCACAGCAUCUCUCGAGACUAUGAGCGGGAGUUUCCUGGAGCAGGUACCCCUUCGCAGCCUGAUGCUGGCAGGGCAGAGCCCUGGGGCAGGCGCAGCAUUGAGGCCGUGGACCUGGAGAGUGAGGAGCUGGAGAGCGAUGAGGAGUGGCAGCACCUGAUUGAGGCCACUGAGCCCUCGGCCAUGCAGCUGAGCACACGUCUGAGCCUCCUGAGGGACCCAGCCUUUCAGCACCGUGUCAAGGACUGCCUGGCAGAUUCUGCUCAGCAGGUGCUGGAAGGGAUGCUGGAGGGCGCCUCCUAUCUCCGUCCUGUGCUUCGUGUUGUGGGGAACCUCCUGGCUACCCAGUGUGACUCUGAGCUGCUGGACCACUUCUGCCAAGAACUGAAUGUGCCUCUGUCCCUGCUGUGUUUAGCCAAGCAGAUCCUGGAGAGUGGUUGCACCAAGCAGCAGCCCUGGUGUAUCACUGUGCUGACAGACCUCCUCGUGGUGACCACAGUUUAUUUCAGCAGUGAACGCUGCCUGGAGGAGAGUGGGCAAAAGGACAGCCUGCAGACCUUCCAGGAGAGUGCUGGCUGCUUCCUGGCCCUGCUGCCGGAGCUGCUGGCUGAGCCAGUCGACAGUGAGAUGAGACUCUGCCAGCAAAGCCUCCUGUGGUGGCAACCCCUGUGUCUUCCCCAGUGCUUCACCCAGCUCUGUGAGAGCCUGGAUGCAACAGACCCCUCCAUCUCUGCACCCUUCUACGCCAGCCUGCGAGAGGAGCAUCAGCCACUGCUGAACAGACUCCUUCACAGAUCCAUCUCAGAGCAGCCUGCUCUGCAAGGUGCAGCGAUGGAGGCCAAGUCAGACCAGAGCCCACGUGUGGCAGACCUCUUCAUGGCUGCACUGGCUGCUGCCUGCAGUAUCCCCCUGGAGAGGAACAGCUGUCGGGAAGCCAAGCAGCAGGUCUCUCAGGCAGUAGCUGAAAAGCUUAUGGAAGGAGAGAGCCAGCAGCUUGGGAAACUGCUGGGAAGACUGGAGCACUCAAGCUGCUCCUUGAACGUACUGAAGAUCCUCUAUGCUGGCUGCCAUGCCCACCCAAGGCUGUGCCAGCACCUGGGAAGGAGCCAAUGGCUGUGGGGUUUCCUCAUGCAGCUCUUGAAGGGUGAGGUCCCCUUGGUGGAGGUGGCCCAGGAGGCAGCCUGUGAGGCCUCUGUGUGCCUGCUAGCCCUGCUCACUCUGCACUUUCAGGCCUCCCCUCCCAGGCUUGAGGAGGUGGUUACCUUGGCUGUGGAUCUCAUCACACAAUCUCCUGUUGUCUGCCUUGUGGGUGCUGCAGCAUUCCUCCUGGCACAACUCAGUCAGCAUGGGGUGGCCUUGGAGCUCAAGGGAGAAGAGGUCCUACCAGUGGUGACAAAUGUGCUGACAACACCUGCUAAGCUGCAGCUCCCCCUGCCAAUGGGUGCUGGUCUCUAUGAUGGGCUCUUUUUCCUCCUGCUGAAACUCCUUGCUCAGGAGGAUGUGGCCAUGGAGCAGGGCUUUGCCUCCUCAGAGCUGUGGAGCCUGGUCUGGCAUUGUGUUGCUGUGGUGCUUCAAGUGGGCAGUGACAGGGCAGCGCUGGAGGGAGAGCCCCCAGGGGCAGGCCACCCCAUGGCAGAGCCAGACUGGAACCUCCUUUCCCCUCAAGGCACCCUGCUCUUCCUCAGCCUGGCCCUCUGCAUCUUCACUCGUGAGUCGCACCAGUGCCUGCCUCAGCUCACCCAGUCCCGUGGUGUCCUCAUGGUGACCCUAAAGAGACUGCUGUCCCCCAGCUUCCUGGAAUGCCUGGCACAGACGCAAGCAGGAGAGGAUGGGGACCCUGAGGUUGUCCCAGCUGUGGUCAUCCAGGCCUGCCAGCUCCUCUGUUUCCCUUUUGCCCUGGAUGUGGAUAGAGACACCUUAGCACUGAUCAUGGAGGCUAUGAGAGACACCCAGAUCCCUGCCCAGCUGCUGCAGGUCUGCUCUCGCCAUCUGCCCUUCUCAUUCACGGAGCUCCCUAUGAGCCUCUUGUGCCACCUCGUUGUGUCUGACACUCAGGUCAUAGACCAAGUGGUGAGGGAAGCUGCCACCUCGGAGCAUGUCAUUGCCUUUUUCAAAUCUGCCUUGUUCUCAGACAACCUCACACUCACAACUGACCUCCUGUCUCUCUUGACCCACGUGGCCCGGGCCUGUUCGGAGCAUCUGCCCUUUCUCCAGAGGAUCCUGAGGGGCUUGGAUGUGGCUGACCAGCCACUGACCUACCUGCUCGGCCACCAGCAAUACCUGAUACGGGCCAAAACCUGCAAUCUGCUGGGCAACCUGCUCCGACACGGCUUUCCUGCGGCGCUGCAGAGCCAUCCCGGCUGGCUGGAGAGCCUGCUGGGGUGCCUGUCGGACGCCGAGGGCAGCGUGCGCAAGGCAGCCAGCUUUGCUGUGGGCAACGCCGCCGGCCACGCGUCCUGCCCGGCCGGGACCCUGCGCAAGGCCGUGCCGGCGCUGGCCCGGCUGCUCAGCGACCUGCAGGCGAAGACGCGCUGCAACGCGGCCCUGGCCCUGAGCAACCUAGGCCAGCGCGGGGCAGAGCUGGGCGACCUGCUGAUCCAGAGCAGGGCCCCCCACUUCCUGCUGCAGGUGGCCUGCCAGGACCCCUGGGAGAGCGUGCGGGAGGGAGCCCUCGUGGCGCUGCGGGUCCUCAGCGAGCACCCCGGGAUCCAACAGGCCAGCAAAGAUGUUGCUGUAGAUGACUGACUUGCUUGUGCCUCACGUGCUAUGGCUCUACAUGGCCUCUUCAGGACCAG